AUGCACUGGGAACGUUUAGACUCCUUUGUGGCUGAAUUUAGGUCCAACCAAAACAUGAAAAUUCUUCUCUUGGGUGCUGGCGGAAUUGGAUGUGAGCUUCUGAAGGUCUUCAGCUCGCUACCUUUGCUUGAAAGCAUCGACCUGGUUGAUAUGGAUACCAUUGAGGUUACUAAUCUCCACCGCCAAUUCCUUUUCAGGAAGGAACACAUCGGCCAACCAAAAGCGACUGUGGCUGCAAUGAUAAUGGAGUCAUUUUCACCCUCCUUACGAGGAUUGAUCAAACCCUGGGUUGCCAAUGUAUUCUCGCUGCCAUUAACACUUUUCAGCUCGAUGACGAUCGUCAUCAAUGCGUUGGAUAAUAUUGAGGCGCGAUCUAGAAUUUCGCUUAUGUGUCUUCUUGCAGGAAAAAUGCUUAUUGAUGUAGGUACUGCUGGUAUUGAAGGCCAGGUGACCACUUUAUGUGGUGAUAGAAAGAUCCAGCCAAUUGAGUGCUUUAAUUGUGUUCCGAAGUCGAUCCCAUCAUCAGACGCACCCAUUCCGGUGUGCACGAUCCGACAAACGCCAACAACAUUCACCCAUUGCGUGAUUUGGGCCAAAGAGAUUCUCUUCAAUUCUCUUUUCUGCACCAUAUAUAUGCCUCCAGAAUCGAAGCAUGUCGAUCAAGAUGGAAGUGAAGGAGAAUCAGGGCAUUUACCUCGAAAUGGCGAAUUAAUGGCUGAAGCAAAAAAUUCUGGCGCCAAAAAAGACGAUUCUUCCUCUGGAGAUGAUCUAGAAAGUUACUUGGCACGGUACGUACAUUCUCCCUCGUCUCUAAAAGACCUUCUUCUUCGAAUCUUUCACACAGACAUUGUUGCUCUCGUCGCAAUGGAGAGCCUUUGGUCGAACAGAUUGCCACCCUCUCCACUUGCUUUGCAAUCUUUUGAAAGAUCGAAUUUUCCCUUUUCAGCGAUCAGUGAGUAUGCAGAGGAGAUUCCCAUUGAUGAUCUUCUGGGAAUCAUGUGUUUUUACAUUGAAAAGUUAAUUUCAAUUCGCCCACUUGCGUUCGACAAAGAUGAUCAUGACUCCAUUGCAUUGAUACACGCCGCAGCAUGCAUUAGGGCUCAUGUUUUCGGCAUUUCCAUGCAAUCUCGCUUUUCUGUUCGAGCAAUUACUGGCCGAAUUGUGCCAGCCGUAAUAUCUACAAAUGCGGUUGCAGCAGGGCUUGCCACACUACAGCUGAUCCACAUGAUGAAUAGUGGAUAUAUUUCUGGAGGUAGCGAAAGAUCCACGGCCCUGUUACCAACAGUCUAUUAUGCGCCGUGGCGCAAGGGCCCUGGAAGUUUGUUCCUAUGUGAACGAAUCCAGCCCCCUAACCCAGAAUGUGAAGUGUGUGGAAUUGGACUGUUUAUUUUGAAUGUUGGAUCGGCGAUUUCUACCAAGUUGGCAACGGUGAUCUCCCUGAUUGAAGAGCAUCUUUAUCCAGAGGAAACCUUCACGAUUCUCGAUGAUUUUCAAUCCUUAACUGAAAAAACGCUGGACGAGCUCAGUAUGGUGCUUGAUUUUCUUUCCAUAGGUCUUAAAGCGGGUGCCUUGCUCUUCCUCAUUCCGGAGGAAGAGAAGCUGUCCAAGGCCCGGAUUUAUCUCAAUUGUGUUAUAGACCAGCCUGAUGAUGUCUUUCAGCCAUACAUCGCUACAGUGCUUGCUCUUUCAAGCUCGAAUAAACGGAGACGUUGUUGGGAGGAAGAUGAAAAGGCCGUUGAUAGCGAGGACGAUGGAUUUGAAAUUAUUUAA